GAGAGAAGUAAAGCAAAGAGGCAGGGAAAGCCUUUUACACGUGAUAAAGAAAGAACAAAAAGCGCUUUGCAUGCGUGUAUAAGAUCAUCAUAAUCAUCAUCAACGCUACUUCUUACCCACCUUCCCUUUCCUUUCUUCUUUCUCUUUCAAAGUUCUCAAUCUCCUGCUUCUACCAACACAUCCUUUCUACUGUUUCUACCCCUCCUUCGUUCCCUUCACGUCUACCUUACUACCCAUGUUUCACAAGCCCUUCUGCUGAAACCGGACAUGACAAGCAAAAGCUAAGAGUGUGAAAUUGGUUUACUGUGAAGCUUGUCACCUUGGACAAGUUUGUUGUACUAUUGUUGUUUGUACAUAUUCUGGUGAGAGUUAAGUAUUCAUCAACCAGGCCAACAUGCCAGUGAGGCAGAUGAAAGAAAGCUCUGAGCAACACCUUGUGAUCAAACCCCAUCUGCAGAAUCCCAUGAAUCCAGCCAAGAAGACAACCAAAGCUGCCCAAAAUGGCAAAGGUCCACCGCCACUAGAAAUCGAUAGCCAAGCUUUGCCUCACUCAAAGAACAAGGGAAGAAGAAGGGGGAGAGGUGGCAGAAAACCCGAUCAAGGAGAUGUUAUGAUGAGGCCUAGAAGCAGACCAUGCACUGCAACACUUACAAGUAGUGCAAAUGGGAAUGUUGAAAAUGAUUUCAUCUCUGAUAUGGGUUUUCCCACUUCAAGCAAGUCUUUGAGCUUUGCUCGUAGGCCUGGAUAUGGACAAGUUGGGACAAAAUGCAUUGUGAAGGCUAACCACUUCUUUGCAGAGUUACCAGACAAGGACUUGAACCAAUAUGAUGUUGCUAUUACCCCAGAAGUGUCUUCUAAAACAGUGAACAGGUCUAUCAUAGCAGAACUAGUGAGGCUCUAUAAAGAGUCUGACUUGGGGAUGAGACUCCCAGCAUAUGAUGGCAGAAAAAGUCUGUACACAGCAGGGCAGCUUCCCUUUGCUUGGAGAGAGUUUAAGAUUAAGCUUGUAGAUGAAGAGGAAGGAGUCAAUGGCCCCAAAAGGGAAAGAGAGUACAGGGUGGUGAUCAAAUUUGUUGCUCGGGCAAACUUGCAUCACUUGGGCCAGUUCCUAGCUGGUAAGCGUGCUGAUGCACCCCAAGAGGCACUUCAAAUCCUGGACAUUGUACUAAGAGAGCUGGCAACUAAGAGGUAUUGCCCAAUUGGAAGGUCCUUCUUUUCACCUGAUAUUAGAACACCGCAACGGCUUGGAGAGGGAUUAGAGUCAUGGUGUGGAUUUUACCAGAGCAUAAGGCCUACUCAGAUGGGACUCUCCCUCAAUAUUGAUAUGGCAUCUGCUGCAUUUAUUGAGCCACUUCCAGUAGUGGAAUUUGUUGGGCAGCUAUUAGGGAAAGAUGUGAUGUCAAGGCCAUUGUCAGAUGCUGAUCGUAUUAAGAUUAAGAAAGCCCUUAGAGGAGUAAAAGUUGAAGUAACACAUAGAGGGAGUGUGAGAAGAAAAUAUCGUGUUUCAGGGUUGACUUCUCAACCAACAAGAGAACUUGUGUUUCCUGUUGAUGAGAACUCAACUAUGAAAUCAGUAGUUGAAUACUUCCAAGAGAUGUAUGGCUUCACUAUUCAAUAUACUCACCUUCCUUGCCUCCAAGUGGGAAACCAGAAGAAGGCCAACUAUUUGCCUAUGGAGGCUUGCAAAAUUGUUGAGGGGCAACGCUAUACAAAAAGAUUGAACGAGAAGCAAAUUACUGCUCUAUUGAAAGUUACUUGCCAGAGACCUCGCGAUCGUGAAAAUGACAUUUUACGGACCAUUCAACAUAAUGCUUAUGAUCAAGAUCCAUAUGCAAAAGAAUUUGGAAUUAAAAUCAGUGAAAAGCUGGCUUCAGUUGAAGCGAGAAUUCUUCCAGCCCCUUGGCUUAAAUAUCACGAAAGUGGGAAGGAAAAGAACUGUUUACCCCAAGUUGGUCAAUGGAAUAUGAUGAACAAGAAAAUGAUUAAUGGAAUGACUGUUAGCCGGUGGGCAUGCAUAAAUUUUUCAAGGAGUGUGCAAGAUAGUGUUGCUCGCACUUUUUGUAACGAGCUUGCUCAAAUGUGUCAAGUAUCUGGCAUGGAAUUUAAUCCGGAGCCUGUUAUCCCCAUAUACAAUGCCAAGCCUGAACAGGUAGAGAAAGCUUUGAAACAUGUUUACCAUGUUUCUGCGAGCAAAACUAAAGGAAAGGAAUUGGAGCUAUUGUUAGCAAUAUUGCCAGACAAUAACGGUUCACUCUAUGGUGAUCUGAAGCGAAUUUGUGAAACUGAUCUUGGGCUAAUUUCACAAUGCUGUCUGACAAAGCAUGUCUUCAAAAUCACUAAACAGUACUUAGCUAAUGUGUCUCUGAAGAUCAAUGUGAAGAUGGGCGGUAGAAAUACUGUACUUCUUGAUGCUGUGAGCUGCAGAAUACCAUUGGUCAGUGACAUACCAACGAUAAUUUUCGGAGCAGAUGUAACCCACCCUGAAAACGGCGAAGACUCAAGCCCUUCAAUUGCAGCUGUAGUAGCAUCUCAGGACUGGCCUGAAGUAACAAAAUACGCUGGUCUAGUGUGCGCUCAAGCUCAUCGGCAGGAACUCAUACAAGACUUGUACAAAACUUGGCACGACCCUGUUCGUGGCACAGUUAGUGGAGGCAUGAUCCGAGAUUUACUUGUUUCCUUCAGAAAGGCAACAGGACAAAAACCGCUACGAAUUAUAUUUUACAGGGACGGUGUCAGUGAAGGACAAUUUUACCAAGUUUUACUUUAUGAGUUGGAUGCGAUUAGGAAGGCAUGUGCUUCCUUAGAACCAAAUUACCAGCCUCCAGUAACUUUCAUAGUCGUGCAAAAAAGGCAUCAUACUCGGCUAUUCGCAAACAACCACAGGGACAGAAGCAGCACUGAUAGGAGUGGGAAUAUAUUGCCUGGGACUGUUGUUGAUUCCAAAAUCUGCCAUCCAACAGAGUUUGAUUUUUAUCUCUGCAGUCAUGCUGGCAUCCAGGGUACUAGUCGGCCAGCUCAUUAUCAUGUUCUGUGGGAUGAAAACAACUUCACAGCAGAUGGAAUUCAGUCUUUGACAAACAAUCUUUGUUAUACAUAUGCAAGGUGUACACGCUCAGUAUCUGUUGUUCCCCCAGCAUAUUAUGCGCAUUUAGCAGCCUUUCGAGCCCGUUUCUACAUGGAACCAGAUAUGCAAGAGAAUGGUUCUACAGGUGAGGGUAAUGGUCAUGGUUCCAAAGGAACACGAGCAGCUGGAGAUUAUAGUGUGAAGCCAUUGCCAGACCUGAAAGAAAAUGUGAAGAGAGUGAUGUUUUACUGUUAGACUGCGUAGUGGCCUGGCCUUGGUAGAAGGGUAGGGAGGCAUCAACAUGGUAGGAAAGAAAUUACUACUUUGUACAUUAGUCGUGUAGGUUUCCCCAUCCAUAGAUCCAUGAUUACAGUUCUUCAGGAUUAGCUUAGAAUGAAUUCCUAAAAGUAUUUUUAGGUUUUAUAGAUGUCAAAUUUGCCAUUGUAAAAAAAUUCUGUCAAUCUUUGAAGAAAAUUUUGCCAUAAGGCCCUUUACAGAGAUGUUGAACACCAGAAA